AUGGCUUUUCCGUCGCCUGCGCAUCCUGGACCUGCCGAGGAUCAGUUGUUAGUGUUGCAGGGCGACCAUAGGGCCUCCUACGUAUGGGAGGGACAGCUAUUGGAGCAGGCUCUCCACCCCAGGAGACCUGAUGAUUUUCGCACGCUUACAGGCUACGGGCUUCUAUACUAUUUCUUAGCUUGGACGGAUGCAGCUCGAUUGGUCUCUUAUCACGACGUUGGUAGAGCGGUGGCGACCGGAGACGCACAGUUUUCACUUGCCCCUACUGGAGAGGCCACCAUCACGCUGCAGGAUCUUCAGGUUUUGUACGGGAUGCGUGUAGAUGGACGGGCUGUGACACUGCCCCAUUACAUUAGAUCCUUGACGCGCGCCCAGUGUUUGGAUAUGAUGGGGCAGCUUGCUGGUUUUAGACCAGAGGGUGGCGCUGGGGGCAGUCGCGUUCUUUUGUCAGCCAUUAGAGAUCAUAUGGCUUUUUUGCACCCUGACGUUACCGGGGAGACGGAGGAUCUCCACAUUGAGAGAUACACGCGGUUGGCGCUGCUCCUGCUUUUCGGGUGUGUCUUGUUCACAAACACUUCGGGGAGUACUGUGAGUCUUCGCUUUCUCCAUCAUCUUCAGCGGCUGGAUGAUUUACCUCAGUACAGCUGGGGUGCUGCUGUUCUGGCAUACCCGUAUAGGAGCAUGUGCCGGGCGAGCAUGGGUCCAGCGGUUUGGGCCUGGCAACGGAUCAUGCCGUUGCAGCCACUCUACCACCACUUGCGCCCGGUCAGGCUUAUCCGUUUCUCCCUCUAG